AUGGGGUCUGUAGUACAAGGAGACGGAAAUUCGGGCGUCCAGGUGGGAAUCAACCAUGGAUCGAUAUGUGUUUCUGACUCACAAGCGCUCCCAGAAAUCCGCCCCGAUCCUUUGUCGACCGUGCCAUUCUCAAGAGAUCCCGAUUUUGUUAGUCGCGAUGGACUUAUCAGUCGAAUGGACGAGAAAGCCUCCAUAGCGGGGUCUCGACUAGCGCUGGUUGGUCUUGGCGGUGUCGGGAAAACACAACUCGCGAUUGAAUACUGCUAUAAGGUUCGAGAAAGGUCCCCGGAUACUUGGAUUCUCUGGAUCCAUGCGAGCAAUGCUGCCCGCUAUGAAAAAAGUCUCCACGAUCUUGCCGAUCGACUUAAAAUUCCUCGGCGACACAAUCUGGAAAUCAAUAUAUCCCAGCUUGUUGCGAACUGGCUACAAGACGAGAACAUUGGUAAAUGGAUUCUUGUGCUAGAUAAUGUCGAUGAUGAUGAGCUUCUUCGAAAACCAUUACCAAGGGUGACGGGGAUGGAUAACCAUAGUAGCAUGCAGCAGCAGCUCUAUGUUCCAGCGCAGCCACCGCUCAGGGAUCUUCUCCAAACCUCUUCUGGAUCUAUCAUUGUCACAAGUCGGAACAAAGGGGUGGCAUUAGAUAUAGUGGGUCACAAGAACCUUAUCAACGUACAGCCGAUGAACGAGGUCGAAGCCGUGGAUCUGUUAAAGACCAAGCUCAAUGUUACCUCGGAGCCCGAGGUUAUGGAAAGCUUAGUCGAGGCCCUCGAUUUUAUCCCGCUGGCCAUUGUACAAGCCGCCGCCUACAUCACUCAUCGUUCACCAUUUUGUUCAGUAUCACAGUAUCUGCAAGCGAUUCAGAACAGCGAUCACCAAGCGGUCUUGUUACUAGAUCAAGAAGCAGAUCUUCUCUGUCGGGAUUGGGAAGCAAAGAACUCCGUGUUGAUAACGUGGCAAAUCUCGUUUGAGUACAUUCGAAGGGUCGAGCCUUCGGCAGCUGAUCUACUUUCUCUCAUGAGUUUUUUUGACCGUCAAGGGAUUCCUCGUGACCUUCUACUGGCUCAUAAAUAUCAUAAUUCGAAGGAGUUAGACGAUUCAUCGACAGGGGUUGUUGAUUAUACUACCUCUAUAGAUGAGAAGCACCACCGCUUGAUGGAUGAUAUCACAACUCUCAGAGACUAUUCACUCGUCGCCGUCGGGUCAGACCAUGCAUUUCUCACGAUGCAUCGGCUCGUACAAUUGACAGUGCGCGCAUGGUUGAAUGCAAACAAGAAGCUAGAAGAGUGGAAGGAUCAGUUCAUCAAAAGCCUUUACUACCAGUUCCCGGUCGUUGAAUACGAGAACUGGAAGAGAUGCCAAUCACUCUUUCCGCAUGUGAAGUGGGCCCUCUUUCAACGUCCCUUAUCACUUGAAUCUCUUGAAAGGUGGUCAUGGCUUCUUUAUCAGGGUGCAUACUACGCAAUGCGAAUAGGAAAUCUGGCAGAUGCACGAAAAAUGGCAUUUACUUUGAGAGAACAAGAGGUAAAAACCGGCGGCCCAGAGAGCGACAACGCACUACUUUGCACGGAGCUAUUAGCGAAAGUCUAUCGGCUAGAAGGCCGGUGGAAUGAGGCAGCACAGCUUCAGGAGGGGGUCAUAAAGACUCGCAACUUGAGGACCGGCGAGAAUCAUCUUUUUACCUUAUCCAAAGCCACACUCGGAUUGAUAUACAUGGACCUAGGCCGAUGGGAAGAGGCUGAGCAGCUGCUGAAGGACGCGGUUGAGGCCCUCGACACCCAGUUUGGCGAUGAGGACCCUGAAACGUUGUCAAACCUGGGCAAUUUGGCUUUGGUUUAUUGGUGUCAGGGCCGAUGGGACGACGCUCAGCGACUUCAAGUGCAAAUAGUCAAAGUUCGCCAAAAUACGCUGGGGUUGGAUCACCUCGAUACUCUUAUGGCUAUGGCAAAUCUAGGUGCAACAUAUAUAAGCCAGGGUCGAUUUGAAGAGGCCAAGCAGAUACUCUCAAAGGCGACAGCUGCGCGGAGAACCAAGCUAGGUGAAGAGCAUCCCCGUACUCUUGAAAGCAUGGCCAACCUGGCGGCGACAUAUUGGGAACAGGACCAGUGGGAAGAGGCCGAGCGGCUACAACUACAUAUUCUCAGGACAAACCAAAAGACAACCGGCAGGGAUCACCCAAAUACCUUGUCAAGUAUGGCUAGUCUAGCCUUGACUUAUUCUAAACAAUCUCGGUGGGUGGAUGCCGAGCAUCUACAGUUACAUGUUAUGCAAACCAUGAAAAUCAAACUCGGAGAGGAUCAUCCUCAAACAUUGACAAGCAUGGCCAACCUAGCCGGCACAUAUAUGCACCUAGGUAGAUGGGAUGAUGCGGAGAAUAUUCAAAUGCAGGAGAUGAGAAUUUCCACUAUUAAGCUUGGGACGGAUCAUCCAGAUACCUUGGUGAGUAUGGCCAACCUAGCAACGACCUUAUUGAAACAAGGUCGAUUAGAGGAAGCUAGCCGUCUACAAUUGCAAGUCAUGCAGAAAGGUAAGGUCAGUCUUGGAGACGGUCAUCCAGAUAUGGUGAAGUAUAUGGGCAAUAUGGCGUCGAUCUAUAAGGCACAGGGUUGUUGGGGGGAAGCUGAAUGCCUCGAAGUGAAGGUUAUGCAACAUCGCAAAGUCAACCUUGGUCAAGACCAUCUCGACACGGUCAUUAGUAUGGGUAAUCUUGCGACCACGUACAUGAACCAGGGCCGAUGGGAGGAAGCGCGUCAACUCCUUAUACCUGCGCUAAGGACUCGUCAAACCAGACUCGGUCAAAGUGAUCCCCGCACAUUAGCGACUAUGUCCAACUUGGCGACGGUAUACUCCAAUCAAGGCAAUUUACAAGAGACUGAGAAACUCGAGGUCCAAAUCGUGGACAUUCGGAAGAAGACUCUUGGUCAUGACCAUCACGCUACGCUGUCAAGUAUGCUGAACCUGGCUUUGACUCUCUUCCAGCUAGAAAGAUACGAGGAAGGCGAGCGGCUCGAAGAUCAUGUGAUAGAGGUUACAAUGGUGAAGCUUGGUGCAGGUCACCCCGAUGCGAUUGCAAGCGUGGUCAGUCUAGCCUUCACAUGUAAAGCUACUGGCCGGCGCUCAGAAGCGGUUGAUUUGCUCUUAGUGUGCGUGGCCAAGCAGGAACGAAUUUUGGGUCCUGCUCAUCCUGACACUGUGAAAAACUCCAUACUGCUAUUGGAGUGGGAAAUGGAGGGUUUGAACCUUGAUGGUUGA